AUGUCGACUUCUGUCUACACUCUCAAUCAUGGCGAUGCAAACAAAGAAAGAGAGCGCCUCGACUUUCAACAUGGUGUUCUCAAAGCUAUUAUGGGAAGCGACUUUCCAGACUUGAUCUGGCAACACCUGAAAGGCAUUCAAGCUCCCAAGGUCGCUGAUGUGGCUACCGGAAGUGGCAUCUUCCUCAAAGAACUCGCAUCGAAGCUUCCGGAGCAAGCGGAGCUCGAAGGUUUUGAUAUGGACUCGAGCAAAUUCCCUGACCCAGCCUCAUUACCCCCAAACGUCAAGUUGCAGCUCGGAAAUGUCUUGGAACCAUUCCCGGCAGAGAUAUUGGGCAAAUACGACCUGGUGCAUGUGAAAUUACUCUAUGCGGCAAUGAAGAAGGACGACUGGUUGUUGGCGACAAGGAAUUUGAAAACACUUCUCAAGCCAGGCGGGUAUUUAUUUUGGUCCGAAAUUGGAGCGUACGGUUACGCCAGUAAUCCAUACUCCCCAGCAUUUCAUGAGUGGAAGAGGAUAGAGUCCGAGGCAGCCGUCAAAUUGGGACGUGAUCCGAAAUGUCCAGUGCUCCUGCCAUACCAAUUUCGCCAAGCCGGGUUUGAGAACGUGGAUGAGAAAGUCUUUGUGACUUUGGGAAGACCAGACCUGAUUGACAUCAUAACCAAAAUGGCAUUGCUUUAUAUGCCACAGAAUCUUCAAGGUCUUUUGAAACUUGGAGUCAUGGGGCAGGAUUUGACUGAGGAAAUGGUCAAUUCUCUAGUUGACACAGUCACUAAAGAAACUGAGAAUGGGGUGGAGCUUGGGACCAAUUUCCAUUGGGUCUGGGGCCAGAACCCUGUUUCUCCAAGUCAAAUCUGA